GGGGGGACAAAAACUGGCUAUUGAAAGCAGAGACAAGCAACGAGGCGGCGGGCAGAAGACACACCGGCAUCCCCUGGAACAAAGCAUCCCGGGAGGGACACUCACAGCGCGAACCUCCGGCGGAAUCGACACCUUGUUUACCGGCGAGUGUUUUGCCCGAGCAAUAGCGAAGAUGGACACGAGAAGCACCGAGGAGAAGCCAGUCCAGCGCUCCAAGUCGUUCAGCUUUAAGACCCAGAAGGAGGUGUGUUCAUCAUGUGACAAGACGGUCUACCCCAUGGAGAGACUGGUCGCCAACAACCUGGUCUUCCAUUCCACCUGCUUCUGCUGCAAGCACUGCAACACCAAGCUCAGCCUGGGCAACUUUGCCGCCCUGCAAGGCGAGUUCUACUGCAAGCCUCAUUUCCAGCAGCUGUUCAAGAGCAAAGGCAACUACGACGAGGGAUUCGGACGCAAGCAGCACAAAGAGCGUUGGGCCUCCAAGGAGACAGAAAACAUAACCAAGACGGCGUGAAAAAUGGCGUCCGUUUCGUUCGGAGCACGGUGACAUCACCCGCUACAUUAUUUUUUUUUUCCUCUCUUUCCCUUUUUUACACGCCAUCAGAUUCCCCACAGCAGCUUGGAGAUAAGUGGCCAUACAAACCUUCUCUUUUUCUUCCUGGUGAUUGUGACCAAAAGCCUUCUCUGCCAUCGCGAGAGGGAAUGUUACCAUGCUGUAGUUAUUAUAAUUUUUUUCAUUAUUAUUAUUAUUAUUAUGAAUGAUUUGCACCCAUUUUAUAUACUGUAUGUGCAUGCAAACAUCAGGGCCGACAACACACACACACACACACACUCACACACACUCACUCACACUCAGGUCAAAGUUCAGAGGCUCUUUAUUGGCAGUUGUCACCCAAGGAUUUUAUAAACGUGUUCGUUUAAACACCGUAACCAUCCCGAGGGUGCGUGCACUCCUCGCACCCUGGGGGGGGUCCAACAGGGUACUGUCGUGUUACUAAGCAACAGCUCACCUCUCGUCUUUGUUGUCAUUCCGACAUGGGCUCAUUUUAUCGUUUUUUUUUGUGGGUCUUUGGCGGUUGUGUUCGCACUUGUUUUGGUUGGUGCGGUUAAAAGGAAGUCUGGUGCGCUGUGGUGGGGUGUGAACACGCUCGCCCGAAAACAAGUGUACCCGGACUGUUAAUUAUUGAUUAUUAUUAUUUAUUUCGAUAUUUUACAAGCAUUUCAUGAAAUAUAGCAGAAUAUAAAAAUAACGCAUUCAGAUUUCAGUGUCGUAAUAAGUCACAAAAGCCGCCCCAAUGAAGAUCUCAUGUGUUCCUUUGGUCACAUGACAAAAAUACCAGCGUCAACGCUAAGCCAAACACACCAAAGUGCGCCGCAAUCGUCUUUUUUUUUUUUUUUUUUUUUUAAUUUUUGGUACCGAACCCCAAGUGUGAACGCAACCUCCGUCUCAACCUCGCAGGUCCCAAUGGCCUUAUUGGAACGCUCCAUCGGCCUUUUAGUGGCGUGAUUGAUCUUUCAUUUCAUUCCCGGAGCGAGCACUUGACUUUUUUUUUUUUUUUUUUUUUGGAAUAACUUCAUUCCGUGUCUCCUUUCUGAGCCGUUCCCACGAGCCUCCGAUUGUUCUGUGUUUUUGUAAAGUAUCUGUAAAUAGAGCUGUACUUUGUGAUUGGUGAGCACCCAACCCCCCCAAAAGUCACUGCUCAUUCUCGCAGGACAUUCGCCACUUUUAACCCCCCCCCGUGUAUGAUGAUGAUGAUGAUGAUGAUGGUUGGAGGAAAACGCUCCAUUUGUGCCAUUUUAUCUUUUUAAUAAUUGCCUUCUUGUUAUCUUAUGAGCUAAACCCUUUUAGCAAAUGGACCUAUUCCUCAGACCUGCCAACAUGUAAGCAUUUCUUGUACUCCGCAGACGCUACAGGAUGCGAUGGGUGUGAAUACGAGUCGUCCACAAGGGCACACAGCCCAUCUCUGCGAGCGCUUCCUUUUUCCGAUUUUCCAAAUUGCUGUUGUCAGGCGCAACAGCAAAAAUGGGAAAAGUGUAGCUAAGGUGUUGAUAUGAACUAAUAACAAUAAUAACACAAAGCGUCAUCUCUAAAUAUGUCCUUUUUUUUAAGCCUUUUAUCCCAAAUGAAAAACGUUGGCAGGUCUGAUUUCUUUUAUUCUACCAACAAGUGGAGGCUGACUGAGGUCACAUUAGUGUGGGUCCCCCCUCACCCCCUCCCCCCUGCCCCUCAACAAAUGGGAGUCGUGCAUGCUGCAUGUGGUUAGUGUUGAGCGCCCCCUGCUGGGGGACAUGUCGUCUCGUCUGAGGAAGAAUCAAAUGUGAGUUGUUUUCAUUAUUAAGGCCUUUUUAUUCCAAGUUUUUUUAAAACAAGUUGCCUCACAAGCCUGCAGUGUGAGACCGCAGACCCCUAGAUCCAAUUAGACAGGCAGGAUUUCCACGUCUUAUGUUUCAGAAGCCAUUUUAGGGGAUGCCGCUGAGACUUGACUGACACUUGAAUGAUUCAGUGUUUUUUUUUUUGUGAGGGGAAGGCUGUGAGGAGAGAGAAAUAAUAAAACAAAUGGAUAUUAGUUUCUGUUUUCUAAAGAAAAGAAGCCUUAGACAUCAUUAUGCCGAUACAAAGGAGACUUAAAUGUUGCGAUCAUGCCUUUUCCAAAAAGCACUCACUCCACAUUCCUGAACAUGACAUGACUCCACGCGACCAGCAGCCAUUUUCUUCCCGCUGUCAUUCCACAGAAUAAUGUAUACUACUGCUAUCUCUGUUCCGUGUGUGACAAUGUCUUUUUAAUCCUUGAAUGCUUUCAAAUCAAAGUUGUCGUGUGUAGAAAUGCCGUCUUUUGUCACUCGCCAAGGUACAACCGCAACCGCCGGUCAGGUGAAUGAUUGCGGUUUUCUUUGAAAAAAAAAAAAGUUUUUGAUAUUUUUUGUUUUGUUCUCGUGCAACAUUUUUGAUGUGGACUUUAGUGUUCAAUGCUGUUGUCAUGGAGAUCUUUUCAAAUGUAUGCCUCUUGGCUAAUGUGAUUCAACGUUACACACUUAACCUACGGAUUGAGGUGGCCUUACAGCAAAAGAACGCUCGGACUGUGUCUUGCCAGUCUUUUACUUCCUCCUCCUCUUUCCCUUAUUUGACUUUUUAUUGCAUUUUAAAGCGCCCCUCAUUUUUUUGCCUCUAUAUUUUGAGCAUUUGUCAUGUUUUUUUUGUCUUGGGGUUUUUUUUACAUGCUUUUGGAGAAAAAAUAAAAAUG